AUGGUGGAACUAAAAUUGAAGAGGAGUUUGGAGAAGAUGACAAGGGGUCCCACAAGAGAGAGCCCAUCUGGAGAUUUGGUUGAAGAAGGCAAAAUUCGGACCAUGCGAAGCCAUGGGCAACGCCUUGGUGAAGCCCCAGACGGCGCCAAGCGCGAGGACCUUGGAGCCGUCAGAUCGCAAGCAGGCAGAACCUCUGGCAAUGCCAGUGGCUGUCCAAGCGCUUCAGGAAACAACGUUGGAGUUGCUAAUGCGAUAGGCGAUGCUGUCGAAGACUUGGAUGCUCUAGGCGACGGUGCCUCAGUCGUAGGAAGUACAGAUGGCACCCGAGGUAGGACUGGGGAGGAUGGCGACGCUUGGAGAGAAGUCAUGGGUCUUUGCGGAGAGUUGAUAUGCGAAACCCACGGGACACUUGGUGACGCCCAUGGGGCACUUGGCGACACCCAUGGGGCGUUUGGCGAUGCCUCGAAGGCGGGAGGUAUGAGAGGCUAUUCAUACGGGGACCUAGGCGGCACCGACAACAAUUUGGGUUACGUGUUAGGUGGUAGUGCCCAGGGUGCAGGUACUCAAUUUGACAAGGACAUGACGAAGGUUGCUACACAAGGCUCUCAGCGAGGCAGAGGGAUCUCUACGGGUGAUAGUUCCAAGGUUCAGCCGGCCGUGCAUAAAAUGAAUUUUGACUAUGCUUCACAUCACGAAACCUUCAACAAAACGACAGUGUUUGAAGGUUUGGUGAGGAGAAACUCUUGGAAGACUGACAGACAAAGGUGCCAAUUUGAUUCUCUAAUAAUCUAG